CAAAGGCCAAAAACCCUUUCGACAAAAACGAAGACUUUAAGAGCCUAAACAGACACGAAACUAGAUCGGAAGCUAUGGCGGAUUUGGAAGAUGUUCAGACCGUAGAUCUCAUGUCCGAGCUCCUCCGCCGUCUCAAAUGUUCUCAGAAACCCGACAAACGCCUCAUCUUCAUAGGACCUCCAGGGUCAGGGAAAGGUACACAGUCACCAAUAGUGAAGGAUGAGUUUUGUUUGUGUCAUUUAUCCACUGGAGAUAUGUUAAGAGCUGCUGUUGCUUCCAAGACCCCUCUUGGUCUUAAGGCCAAAGAAGCUAUGGACAAGGGAGCGCUUGUUACUGAUGAACUGGUUGUUGGUAUAAUUGAUGAAGCCAUGAACAAGCCGAAAUGUCAGAAAGGUUUUAUCCUUGAUGGGUUUCCCAGGACUGUUGCUCAGGCUGAGAAGCUAGAUGAGAUGCUUAAGAAGCGUGGAACUGGAAUCGACAAAGUUCUCAACUUUGCUAUUGAUGACUCAGUCCUAGAGGAGAGAAUAACCGGGAGAUGGAUCCACCCAUCUAGUGGCAGGAGUUACCACACCAAGUUCGCACCUCCCAAAACCCCUGGCGUUGAUGAUAUUACUGGUGAGCCUCUGAUCCAACGUAAAGAUGAUAACGCUGAGGUUCUAAGGUCAAGACUUGCAGCUUUCCACACUCAAACUGAACCGGUGAUUGAGUACUACGCAAAGAAGGCUGUUCUUACAAACAUCCACGCCGAGAAGGCUCCACAAGAUGUAACAUCAGAGGUUCAAAAAGCAUUGUCCUGAUGAUGAUGAAAGACUGCUCGCUCAAGGCAGUCAUCUCCUUUGGUUAGAAUCCAUUUUUUUCCCUUUCCUACAAGAGAGACACACAUCUAUAUAUCUACUCAUCUGCGGAAUGACAGUUCUUUUCUAGUCUUUUGCGCUUUGUCUGUUCGACUAAUUUUUUCAAACUUUGCGGGAGAAUAAUGUCUGUUUCCGACCGAAACUGUAUUUGAGUAUGGUCUGCUGUCUCCUUUCUGAUAGCAUGAGUUGUUUCUUCUGCAUUGUAGCAGUGUCUCUUAACAUUCCUCUCUAUAUCGAAUCAAAUAAACAAAUUUUAUAGGGA